AUGAUCACAAAGUUUAUGACUGAGGUUUCGGCCAAAUUCAACCCGUUCUCGGCCUGCGCAAAGCCAGCUCGUCUGUUUCUCACAUUUCUGCCUCCGAAUGCCCGAGCAAAUGGAACAACAAUCACAUCGACCAUUCUACCCCGAACUUCGAAAGAGCCCAGCUCCCUACGAGUGAAAUUUAAGGAUGGCAAGGAGCUCAACUUCGACUGCCAAAAGAUCAACAUCAAAGGACUAGUGGAGGAAGUAGACCGACAUUCGCGUCAGCUACAGAAGGCAGCCGACUUAACAGAUUAA